AUGCGCAAGCUAUGCGUGGCAGCACAGCCAAGGGUCAAGGUGGCGGCGGUUAAGGCAGAGAUGGGCGAGGGCAAGGAUAAGGCUGCCGUGAUUCUUGCGCACACACUCGCCCACAAGGUUGAUCUCCUUAUUGUUGGCCAUAGGAGGAGUCUUUCUAAUGCAAUUUUAGGGUCUAAAAGAGGGGGAUCAAGAGGAUUAGACACAGCAGACAACCUUAUAUUGAACAGCAAAUGUACCUGUGUUGCAGUCCAGAGAAAGGGUCAAAAUGCAGGCUAUCUACUCAGCAGCAAAACCUAUAAAAACUUCUGGCUCUUAGCAUAA